AUGGCUCCUUUUGAAGUACUCUAUGGUCGGAAAUGUCGUUCUCCUAUUUGUUGGAAUGAGAUUGGUGAAGCUCAAAUCACUGGUCCUAAACUAAUACAAGAGACGACAGAUAAGAUCUUGAAAAUUCGUGAUAACCUUCUUGUGGCUAGAAGUCGUCAAAAGAGCUACGCUGUUCUUCUUAAGGUAUCCCCUUGGAAGGGAGUUGUUCGAUUUGUAAAGAAGGGUAAACUAGCUCCUCGUUAUGUGGGUCCUUUCAAAAUCACCGAGAAGAUUGGAAAGGUAGCCUACAAGCUUGAUCUACCUCCUGAGCUUAGCAACAUCCAUCCUACAUUUCAUGUUUCUAAUUUGAAGAAAUGCCUAGCGGAUGAAAACCUCCAUGUUCCCCUUGAAGAUAUUCGCAUUGACGAAACUAUGCACUUUGUUGAGAAACCAGUGGAAAUCAUGGACCGUGAAGUAAAGAAACUCAAGCGCAGUCGUAUUCCAAUCGUUAAAGUUCGUUGGGAGUCUAAACGUGGCCCAUAA